CAGCACGCGCCGUCGAUGGAUUGUUCCGUCCGGGCCCGCAUCACGAACCCGUCGCCGGCCGUCUCCCAGUUCUCCGGCGAGGGGCGGAGCCGCCAGGCGUCGAGGGUGUCCUUCCGCGCCAUGGCGUCCGCCGUUCCGGUGGAGGAGCCCACGGCGGCGGCGGCGGCUGAGGCGAAGCCGCGGCCGAGCGGCGACUCCUUCAUCCGGCACCACCUCAGGAGCCUCUCCGCGUACCAGCCCAUCCUGCCCUUCGAGGUGCUAUCUGCUCGGCUUGGGCGUAAACCGGAGGACAUAAUCAAGCUGGAUGCGAAUGAGAAUCCAUAUGGUCCACCCCCAGAGGUCGCUACAGCAUUAGGAAAUUUAAAAUUCCCUUAUGUGUACCCUGAUCCUGAAAGCCGCCACUUGCGUGCUGCUCUCGCUGAAGAUUCUGGCCUUGAACUUGAGCACAUACUUGUUGGAUGCGGUGCAGAUGAGCUAAUCGAUUUAAUUAUGAGAUGUGUACUUGAACCAGGUGAUAAAAUUGUAGAUUGCCCUCCAACUUUUACCAUGUAUGAGUUUGAUGCUUCAGUCAAUGCUGCACUUGUCAUCAAAGUUCCAAGACUUCCUGAUUUCUCCUUAGACAUCGCACAUAUUAUCAAAGUGGUUGAACAGGAGAAACCUAAAUGCAUAUUUUUGACAUCUCCGAACAACCCAGAUGGCAGUGUAAUCAACGAUGAGGAUCUUUUAAAGAUGCUUGACCUUCCGGUGCUUGUAGUGCUGGACGAAGCAUAUGUUGAGUUUUCAAGCCUUCAAUCAAGAAUGACAUGGGUUAAGAAGUAUGAUAAUCUGAUUGUUCUCCGAACAUUUAGCAAACGAGCAGGUUUAGCUGGGCUUCGUGUGGGUUAUGGAGCAUUUCCUCUAAGCAUUAUUGAGUACUUAUGGCGGGCCAAGCAGCCUUAUAAUGUGUCAGUGGCAGCAGAAGUCUCUGCAUGUGCUGCCUUGCAGAACCCAACCUAUCUAGAGAGCGUGAAGAAUCUGCUACUACAAGAGAGGGAGAGGCUUUUCAAUCUUCUCAAAGGAAUACCUUACCUGAAACCAUUUCCCAGCCAUGCUAAUUUCAUUCUCUGUGAAGUCACAUCAGGAAAGGAUGCAAAGAAAAUAAAGGAAGACCUCGCAAAGAUGGGAGUGAUGAUCCGCCACUAUGACAAGAAGGAACUGAAGGGUUAUAUUCGUAUUUCAGUUGGAAAGCCUGAGCACACUGAUGCACUAAUGGAAGGCUUCAAAGCACUUCAACUGUGAGAUUACUUAUGAUGGAGCAGUGAAGAGCUUAAUGUGUAUGUGUCUACUUGCUAGGCUUUUUGUACACUAGAUGCAGCCUAUCGAGUAGAUAUUUUUGCUUCGCUCCAACAUCAAUAAAGCGCACCUCUUCAGCUUGCAAACCAAGCAGGGGUCAACAAUUACAUCUGUGUUUAAUUACUUCUGUAGGUCCAACCAUUUAGCCAUACACCCUGUUCAACAAAAUUAUUGUUCCGGGCAAGGCAUUUGUAGAAGUCGAGUUUGAGUACUGCUUCUUUUUGAA